CAGCCGUCAGCGGAACAACAACACCAAACAGAAUUGUAUAUUUACUGAUUAGUGUUUGUACGAGUUUCUGUUAUGCUGUAAUCUUCUUUAAGAACCAUGUCUCAUCACUGGAUAUUGAUUACGUUCUCUUGGCUGGGCACGGCCAGUCUCCAAUACAUAAACACCGGUGGUCCUGGUGCUGAUACUAUUUUGGAUCCCCUGGACUCCAGUCUACAGUACUCUCUACCUUAUGCAAACUACUUUAAUGUACCUGACGCGCAAAUGGACCCUGAUAUGAGCGAUGGCCAAUACGGUAUUGUACAUGAUGGAGAAGUGCAAAGGAGACGACGUACAGCAGACGAUAAGGAACAGGUUCGAGACAAGCGCUGGCUUCCCAACUUAGCCGACAUCGAUAAAACUAUGUAUAUUAAGAACAAUGAAGUAGCAACUCCGUUCUUAGUUGGAUUUUCGGGGAAUUCUGACGAAAACGACACGGCAUUACUCGACCAAGUCGAUAAGAAGAACUUCAGUCCCUGGGGCGGGAAGCGCGACAAGCCAAGCUUUGAACACAUGUGGACGUGGAAAAGAUCCUCUAGCGUACGAGAGCCGAGCAUGCCUAAACGCGUCCGUUUCAGUCCUUGGGGUGGAAAACGCAGCGGCCAAAUGGUCUACAAGCCGGGAUCAAAGAGUUCCAAGUUAAUAUUCUCAGCUACUGUUCCGGAAUUGGAGAAGAUCGUAUCGAAUUAUCUCCCGUCCGGGGAAAGGCUUAACCUGGCCGGUCUGCAUUAUAUCCCGAGCGUCGACAAAAGAUUCCCAUUGAAAAUGAUGGCAUUGAGCGCGAAAUUUGAUCCUAGAUCGUUUAAAGAAGCUAUGCCUUUCAAAACAUUCGUUGAGUCUUUGCCGAAGGUAUUCAAACCUGGACAACCUUACUACGACGUGAACAUUAAGAAAGACGGAAAGAGGAAGGUUAAGUUCAGUGCUUGGGGCGGAAAGCGCUCACCACCCAUAAUCGGACCCAUCUGGACUCCAGCACCCGAGAACGUUAAAGACUCGACCCUAGACACCAUCAUCUUGAUCAGAAACUCCCCGGACAAAGACGAAGCAAUUAAAACUGUUUAAAAUAAUUACUGUUAAUUUUAGUUCCCAGUAACUCCUGAACUUUGAUAGACCGCUAAAAGUAUGGUGCCAUAUUAUUUCACUCUAUAAAUUAAUACUAUCAAAUUCAGGAGUUACACUUUACCUGUGACAGGAGGCUGGAUCUGUCAUAGGUAGACUUGUAAAUUAUUAUGUUUAAGUCCCGAUAUAAAUGUAAUUCAGAUAUUGUUAGCAUUAUAACUAUUGUUUAGUGUAUCACUCAUGAUCUCAUGGUGAACAAAGGCUAAUGGAAAUAAAAUGACUUAAUU